AUGUCCGCUUUGGUAAAGAAAAAUCAGUCAUCAGCCAAAAAGACGUGUGAGAUACACAUUUCCCGUCUGGUUUCGAACUUCCAUACAAAAGUUCAAAUUAUUCAACAACUACAAAACACAAAAAACCUCGGUUCGGUUACGUCAAGCCAUUCAAUAGUUUUAAAAUCAGGGUUUUCAAAUGAUACUUUCAUCAGUAAUCAUCUCAUAAAUUCUUAUAUAAGACUUGAUGAAACCAAACAUGCUCAUCGAGUGUUCAAUGAAAUGUCUGAUCGGAAUGUGGUUACUUGGACUUCUCUCAUGUCUGGUUACAUCAACAUUGGCCAACCUAAAUCCACUCUUCAACUCUUCCAACAAAUGCCCAGAAACUAUAUUUUCCCUAAUCCUUUCACAUUUGCUACUGCAAUUAACGCUUGUUCUUAUCUUUCUGAUGUUGAAACCGGCAGAAGAACUCAUUCCCUCAUUGUGAUCUCUGGUUUUCAUUCUAAUCUUGUAGUUUGUACUUCACUUAUCAAUAUGUAUGGGAAGUCUAAUUAUGUUGAUGAAUCUCGUCGAGUUUUUGAUUCAAUGGAAAACAAAAAUGUUGUAUCUUGGACAUCUAUGGUAUCGGUGUACACACAAAAUGCACUAGGUGAAGAUGCACUUUCCCUUUUCAGAGAGUUCAUCAACUCGAGGUCAUAUGAACCAAAUCAGUUCUUGCUAUCAAGUGUGAUUAACGCUUGUGCAAGUUUGGCUAAAUUAGUGACUGGAAAAGUAACGCAUUGCUGCGUAAUUCGCCAUGGGUAUGAUACGAAUGAAGUGGUUGGAAGUUCUCUAAUUGAUAUGUACACAAAGUGUGGAUUGUUUGAUUAUUCAGAUAAGAUAUUCAAACGGAUUCGUAAUCCGGGUUUGAUUCCGUAUACUUCGAUGAUUGUAGGAGCUGCAAAAUACGGACUCGGGAGAUUUUCUCUUCAUCUCUUUGAAGAAAUGCUCAAAAAGGGAAUAAUACCUAAUGGUGUCACCUUUCUAGGAGUUUUACAUGCUUGUAGUCAUUCUGGACUUGUCGAUACCGGCUUAGAAUAUUUGAACUCGAUGCAUGAAAAACAUAGGAUUUACCCUGAUUCAAAGCACUACAUUUGUGCAGUAGAUAUGCUAGGCCGGACAGGUAGGCUUGAUGAAGCUUGUCAAUUAGCUAAAUUUGUUCCACCAGACGCCGAGGACAUAGAAAUCCUUUGGGGAUCUCUGUUAUCCUCUAGUAGAACUUAUGGUAGAUUAGAUAUUGCUACUGAAGCUGGUGAGAGGUUAAUUGAAAUAAAUCAACGUCUGGCUACUGCAUAUGUAACAAUGUCGAACACUUCAGCAUCAGUUGGGGACUGGGAGAACGCUUAUAGAUUAAGAUCUGAGAUGAAUAAGAGCGGAAUAAACAAGGAACCAGGGCGCAGUUGGGUUGAACUGAGGGAUAAAGUUUACGUGUUCUACGCAGGAAAUGUGAAGUCUUGCGCAAGAGGAGACGAGGUCGUGAGUUUACUGAAGGAACUGGAAGUAAGAAUUAAGGAGAGAGGAUACGUUAGAGGGAGAAAAGGGUUGGUUUUUGUUGAUGUUGAAGAUGAAGUUGAGGAAAUGAUUGUGGGCCUUCACAGUGAAAAGUUGGCUUUGGGGUUUGGUUUGAUAAGUAUUCCAAAAGGUGCGACUAUCAGAGUGAUCAAGAAUUUAAGAAUGUGUCUCGAUUGCCACGAGUUCUUCAAGGUGGUAAGUGAGAUUGUCGAGAGGGAUUUCAUUGUAAGAGAUGUUAACAGAUUUCAUCAUUUUAGAGAUGGGUCAUGUACUUGCAAUGACUUUUGGUGAUUUGUUUCAUGCUAUCUAUUACAAAGAAGCCAACUUCGCCACACUUUCGCACAUUGAGCUUGCCCAAAGCUGCAAAUUGUGUAAAAAAAAGGGCUGGAGGAUAAUAGACGAUGAGAGUGGUGGAAUUGUAACAGAAAAUUAACACAGGCAGCCGCCAGCAGAGAGACAUAGUCGUGUCUGUCACAGUCACACUCAGAGAAAGUAAUAUGUUUUUCUAAGGUUUGGCUGGUAGCUGCUCACAAAAGCAACAGACAUAGACAUACCAGCAGUAACUGACUUCGUUGAGCAGUUGUUGUGUUGUCUUUGUAGCCAGCAAGCGUGAUGUUUGCCGUCUCCUUUCUUUCAAAAGAAUUAGGAAAGAAACCUAAUUGAGGGACAAUUUGGGGAUCAA